AAAAUUUAUUAUUCUCUCUCUCCUCCAUAGCCUAAACUCUCUUGAUUUACUCCAUUUUUCUUUGUUUAACUUAUAUUUCUUUUUUGUUCCAUUUAUAAUCUCAAGUUGUUUUUACAAUGGUAGAUUCAGCAAAUCCUUCACUAUUAUCAUCACCAAUAUCAACAAAACAUCACCUACCAAUAAAAUCAAUAGACACAACAAAGCAUAUCCUUAAUACAAGAAGAAGUUUGAAUUGCACAAUUGGAUUUUCAAUUUUGAUCUUCAUAGCUUGUACAUUUUUGCUAGCCUCUACAUCUUCUACCCAUUUUUUUCACUCAUCUCCUUUUUGGCUCAAUAGUUUCAUAAAGUCCACAACCAAUUCUAACCCUAAUAUCUCAUACAAACAACAUUAUUUUCCUUCAUUUUUCUCUAAUUUUCCUUAUAGUUCUCCCUCUCUUUCUCACAAUCCAAACAUCCCAUCUCAAGUAAAUAAUACUGGAGUUGAUUUGUUAUCUCAAGAUUCUAACAAUGCAACAUCAAUGUCUAAUGAUUCAAGAAACUAUGAUAAGAAUCUUGAUUUAUUGGAGAAACAAAAUGAAACCAAGAAAUAUGUGAUGCAAGAGAAGAAUAGUACAAGGAAUGACAAGGCAUUAAUUCCAAAAAGGAAAAGAAAUUACAAGAAAUGGGUGGAGAUGAUGAGAGGUUGCAAUUUAUUUGAUGGGAAAUGGGUAAGAGAUGAUUAUUAUCCUCUCUAUAAACCAGGAUCUUGCCCUUAUAUUGAUGAGCCUUUCAACUGUUUUGUAAAUGGAAGGAAAGAUAAUGCUUAUGAAAAAUAUAGAUGGCAACCUAACCAUUGCAAUAUACCAAGGCUGAAUGGGAAAUAUAUGUUGGAGUUAUUGAGAGGGAAGCGUAUGGUUUUUGUGGGUGAUUCUCUGAAUCGGAACAUGUGGGAGUCCAUGCUUUGCAUUCUUCAAAAUGAAGCUCCAAAUAAAAACAAUGUUUUCGAAGUCUCUGGUAGACAAGAAUUUCGAACCGAAGGCUCUUAUUCUUUUAUGUUUCAAGAUUACAACUUCACGGUGGAAUUCUUUAGAACAACAUUUCUGGUUCAAGAAUGGGAAUCGGAAAUAAACGGAACAAAGAAAGAAACACUUCGGAUAGAUAGGAUGGAGAGUGCAGCUGAAAAGUAUAAAGAUGCAGACGUUCUUGUUUUCAACACAGGCCAUUGGUGGACUCAUGAGAAAACUUCUAGUGGGAAAGGGUAUUACCAAGAAGGUGAGCAUGUAUAUGAUGAACUCAAUGUUGAUAUAGCAUUUAGGAAAUCUAUGAGUACAUGGGCCAAUUGGGUUGAAGCCAAUGUAGAUCCUCUGAAGACGCUUGUUCUUUUCAGGGGCUAUUCUGUUUCUCAUUUCAGAGGUGGAGAAUGGAAUUCAGGAGGGCAUUGUGAUGGUGAGACGGAGCCAUUAAAGGAAGAAAAAGAGUUCGAAACAGAUCCACCAAUGGUCAAAAUUAUGGAGUCAGUACUUGAAAAGAUGAAGGCACCGGUGUUUUACUUAAACGUUACAAGAAUGACUAAUUUUCGAAAAGAUGCUCACCCUUCUUUUUUUAGAGAGAUAAAUUCAUCUGAGGAGGACAAGAAAUCGGGUGUGAGAAUUCAAGAUUGCAGCCAUUGGUGUCUCCCUGGUGUUCCUGAUAUGUGGAAUCAAAUUAUUUAUGCUCAACUCCUUUUUAAACAUAGGGAGAAGCUUCUUCAACAACAUCUUCUUGCUCAAAGAAGCCCAUAGAAUUUUGUUUAUAUAUAAUAAUAUAUAGAGGUAUGCAUCGGUAAUAUUGGUUCGGUUCAGUUUGUAAUUUGCAAAAACUGUGCCGAAUUGUAUGUAUAUUGAAAAUCAAAUUAUUAUUUUUUAGCCAAAACCGAACGAUUUAUAACCGAAAUUUGUCGAUCGGUUCGGUUCGGUUUUGGUUUGAUAGUUCGGAUUGA